CUCACACACGCAGUAGUCUCGCGCCAAUGACUUCGCUCGCUUCCCUGGCGAGAAUAAAACCGGGUCAUGCUGUGGCUCAUGUGCUUGGGCCUCUUGCUGGUCUUCAAGGGCGGUGCAGUCAGCGUGGAAGAAGAUUGUGUGGUCCAGGAUCAGCUUCUCAUAAAGAUACCACAACCUGGACCGGCUUCCUUCUUCGCCUACGUCCAACACAAUGGCUCUAUAUUCACGGCAAGACUAAUCUGUACUGAACCACAAAAACUCAUCACUCUCAAUGUUACUAGUCGAGACGUCGUUUGGAAAGAUGUUUUUGCAAACUCCAAGAAACCAGAAAGAAGAAAGUCCCCGACAUCGAAAGAGGGAUGGAUGGAAUUUUUUUUCCAAGCGGACACCUUUCAACUUUCAGACGCCGACGGACAUGCAUGGACCAGCAAUAUGUCAAUAAAGUGCAACUCCUUCAACAUUACAGUUAGAAACGGGGUGUUGGCUAAACAGCUGUGUGGCGGCCCAGCGAAGUGGCGAGUGACCAAAGACCGCUGCGCUUACGUCCACCUCCCACCUACGAGUAACAAGACGCUGAGUGUUAACUUCUUGUCGAACCAAUCCUUCGUUCCUGAAAUUAUUAGUGAAAAUUUCACGGCAAAAUUGGUUCGUCGGAAUGGUGAGGUGGUUCUUGUGAAGGAUGAGACGUGUAGCGGAUGCCAAGCCCUGUACGGUGAACACAAUAUCCUGCGCUUCCCUUUGUCCGCAAGCAGCCAGAUGGACGGGAAGGAGUUUCCUCGUGCGGUGACGGUGUGUUCGGCGUCAGGAGGAUCGUUCAUCGUCAGUGUGCGCCAGACACAGGAAGAAUCACCAUCUUCUAACCUAUAUAUCUAUGUGGCGGUUGCAGCUGCUCUGCUGGUGCUCAUAUUAGCCUUUGCAGCAAUAACAAAGUUCUACCACCAUAACAAAAAUAAGCUUCCAGAUCCGCCCGUCGAGGAGGAGGAAGACGAAGGACCUGCUACGGGCUGUGCUGAGGAACUUGGUCUGCCCAUCGAAGCACUUUACUUUAACCCAUUGUUCCAUCCGGGUAUUAGCCACCAGACUUUGCCAUACCCUGUCUUGUUUUGUGAAAAGCUCGCCCCACGAGAACGUGACAUAGCGGUAGAUUCCGCCUCGUGUUCUUGCCAGACAGGACGAAGGCGGAGCAAACGGGAUGCGAACGGAACGCCGCGGGCAACCGAGACGCUACCCAUUCCCGGUUCAGAUUACCGGCCAGAUCCCGUUCAGCCCAUCUCAGCCGCUAACCCGGUCGACGUCUUCCGGAAUCCCGGUUCGAGGCAGAGUUGCGUGUUCCCGGUCACAGUGCGGGGGCAGCCUUUCCGCGAGAACUACUACGACGAGAUGGUUCCCUUGGCCAACCUGCGGCCGCCGUCGAAGUCCUUUGCGAUAGAUGACCCCAGCUGCUACGAGACCCUGAACAACCUCUACGACCCGGCAGACCCCCUCAUUCAACCUGGCUCGACCCCCCCGCUCCUGCCACGACCUUCCCCGCUCCUCCCGCGCGGCCGCCGCUCACGACCCUUGCCGCAGGAGGGUCCGACUUCGCCUCCUUCUGCCUCCACUGAAUCUUUUCUCUGAGUGACGGGCGCACUGACAGAGUUUUAAAUGAAUGAAAGUUGAUCUCGUCAAGUGAAUGUUACAGUGUGUUUUUGUUUGUUUGUUUGUCUGUAUAUUUACUCAUUCGCAUUCUUCAAAGUUGAAAAUAUUCUUAAAUAUGCUGUGUGAAACAUUUGUCUCAUACGUAUACAGAUGCUCGUUUGUUCAUCGUUUACAAUAUAAAUACCAAUGUAAAUAGUUCAAAAGAUUUAAGCAUGAGUGAAUUGCUUUAGCCGCGCUUACAUUUAAUUCCUAUUUCCAUAUCUUACAUCCCUGGAUAAUCUGAACACGAAAUGUCAGAUGUGUAUACGUAAAUGAUUUUACUCUUGUUACGCUUGUUGUAUUUCAACACAAUAUCGUUGGAUGUUUAUAAAUGAAUGUCAUACAAUUUGCUUUUAUUUUUCUAGCUUGUUUCCUUAACUUUACACUUUAUUGGGCUAGACCCACUGAUAUUCAUCGAUAAUUAAAACAAACAAAAAGACAGGGAAAGUAAAGAUCGUACGCCUGUAAUACUUCAUCAUGUUGACUGAAAAACAAUCAAUCGCAUUGAAAUACAUUGUUUAGAAAGACAUAAACAUGAAUAUAUAGCCCUAUAU